GCGUGCACCGAAAAGCCUAUCGGACAGUGUGACCGUAGCCUGAGCGUUGGUAUUGUUGAUACAUCAAACAAAGCACGCAAUCGAACAAUUCAUUACAUUUUUGUACAAUUUAACAAUUAAACGUAGAACUAGCUAGUUGAAAAUGACCACAGCAGCGCGUCCGACCUUCGAUCCCGCCCGCGGAGGCUCCGGUCGCGGCGAAAAGGAUCUGAGUGCCCUGAGCAAGCAGUACUCCAGUCGCGAUUUGCCAGGCCACACGAAACUGAAAUACAGGGAGACGGGCCAGGGCACCAGCGAGGAGAUCCGCAACCGCGACUUCCGCAAGGAGCUGGAGGAGCGCGAACGGGAGGCCCGUUCUGGAUCGGGAGCCAAUGCGUCGUCAGGCAAGGCACUGCCCUCCAUUGUGCGCAAGGCGAUUGAGGCGAACAACGCCGGUGGAGGCAGCAGUGCCGCAAAGCGGGCCAAACCGGACGCAGUGCAGCAGCAAGCGUUGCAGGCACAGCAGCAGGCCGCCAAUCUGGACGCCGAUGAGCCGCUGGAUAACGACAGCUCCGAUUCGGACAGCGAUUCGGAUGACGAUGAUGCCGCCCUGCUGGCCGAGCUGCAGAAGAUCAAGCAGGAGCGCCUGCAGGAGACGGCGCGUCGCGAGUCGGAGAAGAAGCAGGAGGACGAGCGCAUCCGCAUGGAGAACAUCCUCUCCGGUAAUCCGCUGAUCAACUAUGAGCCCGGCACUGCCGCUUCGGCAGCGGGACGUGCCUCUGGAUUGGGCGGCGAUCUAAAGAUCAAGCGCCGCUGGGACGAUGAUGUGGUCUUCAAGAACUGUGCCAGAUCUGCGCCCGAUAAGAAGACGCACUUCGUCAACGAUGCCCUGCGCUCCGAUUUUCACAAAAAGUUCAUGGACAAGUACAUUAAGUAGGCGCAUAUAGGACUCGCUUUAAGUUUCAGCCGCUUUUUUUGUAAUAGUUUAAGUAAACCAAUUGUCAACUUUCUUUGGCCUUCCGCCCCCAAGCUGUUCAUUAAAGAUUCACAUUUCGUAAGCAAACUC